AUGCAAUGCAACUCCGAGGUCCAUGCCCCUGUGCCCGACAGAACGACAUCCCGGCCCGUGCUCGUGUGGCUCUAUGGUGGUGGAUUCUCAGUCGGCGAUAGCUACUCCAUGGGCCUUUACGACGGCCAGCACUUGGCCUGGAAGCACGAGGUCGUGGUGGUCACUCUGAAUUAUCGCCUCUGCGUCUUGGGCUUCAUGGCCUUGGAUGCACUGCAGAAUGAGUCCUCCACUGGAUCUACAGGGAACCAUGCUCUCCAGGAUCAGCAGUUGGCGCUGCGCUGGGUCCAGGCGAACAUUCGCAACUUCGGCGGGGACCCCGACCGUGUGACGCUCUUUGGGGAGAGUGCUGGCGCCUUCAGCGUGAUGUGGCAUCUGGUCAGCCAGAAAUCUGCAGGAGACUUUGGCACAAACGGAUCAUGCAAUAUGGGGAGCUUCGGGUGUGGAGUCUAA